CCCGAUUCUGAACCACAAAGAAGAAGAACCGGAACUCGAUCGACUGUUUCCAAGGAGACCGCCUAUACCACAGCGCUGGGCGAAAGACUGCGAAGAUGUCAUUUAUAUUUGACUGGAUCUACAGGGGGUUUAGCAGUGUUUUACAGUUCUUAGGUCUGUAUAAAAAGUCUGGGAAGCUGGUUUUCCUGGGCCUGGACAAUGCUGGUAAAACAACACUUCUACACAUGUUGAAAGAUGACCGCCUCGGCCAACACGUGCCAACGCUGCAUCCAACUUCUGAAGAGCUGACAAUUGGUGGGAUGACAUUUACCACGUUUGAUCUGGGAGGUCAUGUACAAGCUCGGAGAGUGUGGAAGAACUACCUGCCGGCUGUGAAUGGAGUCGUCUUUCUUGUAGACUGUGCAGAUCACGACAGGCUCACAGAAUCCAAGAUUGAACUCGAUGCUCUCCUAGCAGAUGAGACCAUAGUCAAUGUACCAGUGUUGGUGUUGGGUAAUAAAAUUGACCGUCCUGAGGCAAUCAGUGAAGGAGGACUUAGGGGAGCAUUUGCUCUUGAUGGACAAGUUACUGGAAAGGGAAAUGUCUCUGUGAAGGAGCUGAACGUCCGACCGCUAGAGAUUUUCAUGUGCAGCGUGUUGAAAAAACAAGGCUAUGGGGAAGGUUUCAGAUGGUUAUCACAGUACAUCGACUGACAUGCAGGACUGAAGCAUAACCAGAAGGGAUUUCCUUGGCACAUUUUCAUGAAUCAUGACAAAGACUUUGUCUCUUUGCCAGUGUCAAUCAGCCUAAAUUUUAAACUGUGUUACUGAGAGCAUUUUAAGAGCAUAUUCUUUUUAAUACUUAAAGCAUUUAUUCAGGAUUUAAAGGUUUCUAUGCAAACUUUUAAAAGUGGUUCAUGGUGAACUGUCCUGUGUGUUAUUAAUGUGAACAUUAACUGAGUUGUUACAUGAGCGGUCAUACAUUAUGCAAGAAUGUAGAUAUGUACACAUCAUUGUUGCUUUAUUUAUUAUGGAAUAUAAUAAAAUAUACUGCUCCAGUUGGAAUUUAUUAGGAAGAAAAAUAAGGACCGUUAUGAUUGUGGUGGGUAGUUUAAUGCUUGUCUGACAUCGGAUUAAGAUGGCCGAGAUUUUAAAAUUAGACAAAUGGCUAAAUACGGGAGAUUAAUUUUAUUUCAUUUAAUCUAAUGCUACGCAGCCACUGCCUUCAAAGCAUAUAGCCAAAGAUGUAUGCUAAUGACUUUGGGAUUCGCAGGGAGAGAGAUUUGGACUUUAACAAAAGAUAUCUUCCAUGCUGAGCACUGAGCCAAUAUAACGUCAAAUCCCCUUUAGAAACCAAAAAAGAAGAAAAGACAGCACUUCCCACAAAUAAAGCAAAGAUGAUGGAGUAAACAGAGUCAAAUUGAACCGCUCACUUAUGAGUGUGCUUUGAAUGAUGUACUUCUCACUUUCUGUCUCUUUUGCUCCAAUAUUUGCAUCUUUCUAUAUGUGUUGAAUUAAACUGAUGUUAUAUGUUGAGCUGAAGGCAGCUAAUUUGAAGUGUAUUAGUUGGACUGAAAUAUGUCUUCAUUAUCUUUGACUUUGCGGUGUUCACUACAGAAGUCAAAGAUAAAAUGUUCAUACAGAACUUUUAUGACCUUCAAUGGCUGCCCUUGCUUUAUUAUAUCAUGAAGGCUGUAAUAAUGAAUUGCCCUUAAAAUGUCAGGAAGCAAUAAAGUAGAAUGACCCAUGAUACAGUAGCAGAGACAAUCUUACUCCACUGUAUUUGAGAGUAGGAAAGAAUAAAUCGAUGUCUGAGCCUGUUUAUUAUAAUCACCCUUAAUGAAAUUAAUGUUUUUUUUUAUUCCUUUAGUCUAGAGCCUUAGCAAUAGAUCAGCAUGUAAGCUGUGCAACAGGGUUGAAGUGCUAUGGGUGAUGCACUUUUUGACUAUCUGAAAAGAUAUGAGAGUGCACUUGCAAUGUUAAUAUACUAACCUGUAAAUGAAUCAUCUAAUCUUAUUCUGGAUACUGAAGUAUUUUUGUUCCUUGACUUUUCCUGUUUCCUGCACCCCAUGUUUACAGGGUAACGUUUUAAAUAUUCUGUUUAUUAACAUAUGCAGGGAUAUUUGUGGCUGAGAUAAAAAGAUAUAUGAAACAGAAUUUACACAGGGAAUCCUGAGUGUUUACUGAGACACAGUAUGCAUGUAAACAAACUGCUUUUCCUUUGAACAGUGUUCUGUACCAGUUGCUGAACUCCUGUAAAUUAUGUAUAAUACAGAUGUAAAUGUUUGUACAGUAACUUCCCUUUAGCUGACACUAUAAAAUGUUAUUAAUAAUAUAGUUAGUUAAUAGUAAUAGUUAUUUAUUACUGACUGUAACUUGAAAUAAUUAUCUGUGAAAAUAGUUGGAAAUUGAAUGACCACAUCCAAACAUAAAUAUUGAUCUAAGUAAUGAGAGGU